GAUCGCUAAGUCAAAUUUUUUUGAACCGGGCCAUAACCUCACCGUCAAAAUGGUCAAGGUCGAUCGCAAGACUUGGAAGAAGCUGUACUUCCAGCGCUUCUACGAGUACCUCGAGAAGUUCUCGCGCAUCCUCAUUGUGCACGCCGACAAUGUUGGCUCCAAGCAGAUGCAGGACAUCCGCGCUGCCCUCCGCGGCAACUGCGAGCUCCUGAUGGGCAAGAACACCAUGGUCCGCCGUGCUCUCCUCGACCACGAGAACGAGAUCUUCCACGAGCUGCUCCCCCACAUCAAGGGCAACGUUGGCCUUCUCUUCACCAACGACGACUUUGUCGCCAUCCGUGACGUCCUCCUUGACCACAAGGUUGCCGCCCCUGCCCGUGUCGGUGCCAUUGCCCCCGAACCCAUCAUCAUCCCCGCUGGUCCUACCGGUCAGGAUGCCCAGAAGACUUCCUUCUUCCAGGCCCUCAACAUCCCCACCAAGAUUGCCAAGGGCUCCAUUGAGAUUAUCUCGGAAGUCCGUCUUCUGGAGGAGGGUGGCCGUGUCGGUCCCUCGGAGGCUGCUCUCCUGAACAUGUUGGGCAUCUCCCCCUUCAGCUAUGGUCUCGUCGUCGUCCAGAUCUACGAGAACGGUGCCUGCUUCAACCCCAAGAUCCUGGACAUCACCAACGAUGACCUCGUUGCCAAGUUCAUGGAGGGUAGCCGCAAGGUUGCUGCCGUCUCUCUGGCCAUUGGCCGCCCCAACCCGGCCUCGGUCCCCCACAUGGUCAUCAACGGCUACAAGAACGUUCUCGCCAUCGCUUGCGUCACCGAGAUCACCUUCCCUCUCGCCGAGAAGGCCAAGGCUUACCUCGCCAACCCCGAGGCCUUUGCCGUUGCUGCUGCCCCUGCUGCCGCCGCUGCCCCUGCUGCUGCCGCCGCCGCUGCCCCCGAACCCGAGUCGGAGGAUGAUGAGGAGAUGGACGGCUUCUCCCUCUUCGAUUAAGCUUCCUGUCUUGUCGUGCGCCAAGCCUCGUAGCGCUCUGCCAAGCCGCUGUGCUGCAGCCCCUGGCUGAUGCUAUGGCCCAAGUGGGAGAUUUCAUGCCGUCCGUGGCUGGUCUCCCGCCGUCGGUCCUGGUGUUGCGAGCUUCUCGAGUGCCCAUGUGCACCUCAACUCAAUUGACGUCGAAAGCC